CACCGGUACAAAAUGUCACAUAUACAGAGCCUGAAAUAGAUGCAGUGAAUCAACGCUGUCAGGGAGAGACUCUGGUGUGUUCCUCUGUUUAAAACCAUCUUAUCUUCCUCUUUAUAAACAUGGGGAACCCUAAAGUCUUCUUUGACAUCACUAUAGAUGGAGCUAACGCGGGGAGGAUUGUCAUGGAGCUGAGAGCUGACGUGGUCCCAAAGACUGCAGAUAAUUUCCGAGCUCUGUGCACCGGGGAGAAAGGGUUCGGCUACAAAGGCUCCUCCUUCCACCGCCUCAUCCCUAAAUUCAUGUGCCAGGGUGGAGACUUCACCAACCACAAUGGAACCGGAGGCAAGUCCAUCUACGGGGAGAAGUUUGCAGACGAGAACUUCCAGCUGAAGCACUCCGGCAUGGGGACACUAUCCAUGGCCAACGCCGGGCCGAACACCAACGGAUCCCAGUUCUUCAUCUGCACGGCGAACACCGACUGGCUGAACGGGAAGCACGUGGUGUUUGGCAACGUCGUGGAGGGCAUUGAUGUUGUCAAGGCGAUGGAUAAGCAGGGCACAAAAAGCGGAACUCCUAAAGCCAAGGUCGUCAUUGCCGACUGUGGGGAAAUAAAUUAGCUCCUCCAGUUCAGCCAGGUGUUUCCUUUACCAUCCACAGACCUGGUCCAUCCUUCAGAUACUCGUAGAACCAAACACCUGAAGAUCCUCUUCCUCCUCUACAGUGCUCGUCCUCUGUGUUAAUAUCUAUCCUGUAAUAUUUUGUACCUUCAGUCUGUUCUUGAUUGAACUCAUUUGUUAACAAAAUCCAAAUAAGAUGACGUGAGUGACGGUGAUGAGUGUAAAUAAAACAACUUGACCGCUU